GAAUAGAAAAGAUAAUCCCAAGAGGGUUACCAAACGGGCUCUAGUGGCUCUCUCUCUCUCGCAACUCUCAAUGGUAACCUUCAAUGGAUUACGGCAAAUGGCUGAAAUGCGACGUUUUCAACCAUCAAACCCUAACCCAUCGUCGGCAGACCAUUAUGCUCAAUUGUACAAUGUAGAGCAGUCUUCCUCCUACGCUCAUCAAUAUCCUUACUACCUACACCAAACCCACAACCAUACUUUAGUAGAACCUCCGAUCCUUCCACCAGGAAUCGACUCCUAUGCGGCCAUUAAUUCGUAUCCUCCUACCCAUGUAGGUUUGGAAAGCCAGGUGGCCGUCUCCUAUGGUCACCAUGUGGCUCAGAUCGGUGCAUUGACUGCUGCAGCGUAUUAUCAGGAUACGGGUAAUUCUGGGCAGAGUUGCGCUGCCAAGGAAUCUAUAUGCCAGUUUGGUGCCGAUCACACGAGCUACACUGCUGCCAUAAAAUCUCUGAACAAGGAGCCAGAGGUGCCCACAAGUUUGACUCCCAUGGUCUGGAACAACUGGAAUCAUCCUUCUGCAAAUGAUCCCACAAAGAUAUUCCUAACAAAACCAAAUGUUAUGCAGGCCAUUUGUUGUGAGGUUUGCAAGAUAGAAUGUAAUUCCAAAGAUGUCUAUUAUCAACAUAUUUUGGGAAAGAAGCACAAGAGUAAUCUGAAGAAACAAGAAGAGUCAAGGAUUGACUUUAAUUUCCCCACCACUACAAUAAUGCAGAGCAAUCCAGGGACAUCUGAGAUUGGAAAUAUGCCAUAUGAGGCUACCUUUAGACUGAACGGGGCACAGACGUUGCUUGCAGCAUAUCCCAAUCUCCUUGGUUGGAUCAAGCCAAAGACUCAUUGCCCUGCUGUGAAUGGCAACUGGAGGGAGGGUGUAAAGAAAACCAAAAUUGUGCAGUCUGCCUGGUGUGAAAUCUGCAAGAUUGACUGUAACAGCAAGGAUGUCUUGGACAAUCACAAAUUGGGAAAAAAACACAAGAAGAACCUGGAGAAACUGGAAGAAUCAAAGGCACAAGCCAGUGCCCUAACAGCAAAGGAUCCCAUGAUUGGGCCAAAAGAAAACCCAGCAGCUGACAAGGGCAAGGCUGUUCGUGUGCAAGAGAGUAAAAAGAAGGGAGCCCCUUCUUUGGGGCCUGGGGACGUUCUAGAAACAAAGAGGAGGAAACUGAUGGAAGGUGGGGUGGCAGCUGAUGCAGUGAGUGUGUGCACAGUAUGCAAUGUGGUGGUUAAUAGCCAGACAGUCUUUGCUUACCAUCUGGCAGGGCAAAAGCAUGUUAAUAUGGUGGAGAAACAGGCAGAAGCAGCAGCAGCAGCUGGAACUGCCAAUCCUCCUGGUCCUGGGGUGGUUUUUGCUGCUUAGAAGACAAAUUGCCCUGGUAAAAAGAAGGGAAAUAUAUCAAUUUCAUUAUCAUUAUUAUCAUCAGUUUAUAGCUCUUCUUUGUUUAUUUUGGGGGACCUUUGUUUUAGGUUGACUUGUUAGAGCAUUAAUUUGGGGCUCUUUUGGUGAAAGAUAAUGUCACCCACCCAAGUCUCUCUCUACUAGUUGGUCGUAAUGAAGUAUGAACCUCCAUUUUCAUACAAGAAAAAGUGCAGCAGCUCUGGUAUAUUUGAUUCAGUCAGUGCACCAUAUCUCUUCUGCUAAGGGCCCCCAAAGAUGAAACAAUCUUGCAAUCCAACAGUGAAACUGUGGGUCUACCGACUUCAACGGAUGUAGAUAUGUGGAUGGAUGUGGAUAUAUGGAUAUGGAUAUACGUUGUGGAUUUCCCAUAUUAUUCAGGGACUGCUUGUUGAAGGCCUUAGAGUGGAGUGGAGUGAUGUUUAUGUGUUGAUAUGGUUGGAAGAGAUACCAAGUCCCAAUCCAAUCGAGCUCUGAGGAAUUAGAAGGGAAGAAAGUUGAAACUGGAAAGUGGAAAGGGGGAUAGGACAUGAUGGUUUAUGGAUUUCUGCAAAUUCUUGGAAUCUUUUUUUGAACAGCUCAAUUCAUAUCCUGAUCUGAUCUUAAUUCCAGUUAAUUCUUGCUAUCAUUUUCUGAAUUUCUCACUAUUAAUAUUUGAUCUUCAUUUUUACCA